GCGGGGGUCAUUUUAGUAGCACAAUCGCGAACUUAACGCGACGCUCAGCUUUCCUUUUCUUCCACCUAAAUCCUUCAUUAUGUACUGGCUGCGUUUCUGCCUGCUUAUUUCCGCUUUGUUUACUGUCCUUUGUGCAGCUAAUCGCGGUCCUACAAUAACGGACACUGUUUACUUUGAUUUGAAACAAGGAGACGAAUUUCUGGGACGUGUCGAACUCGGCUUGUAUGGAAAAACUGUCCCUAAAACUGCUGAAAACUUUCGUGUAUUAGCAACCGGAGAAAAGGGCUUUAGCUAUGAAGGAUCUUCCUUUCACCGUGUGAUUCCCAACUUCAUGAUUCAAGGAGGAGACUUUACCAACCACGAUGGUACUGGCGGAAAAUCAAUUUAUGGACCUCGUUUCCGUGACGAAAACUUCAAGAUCAGCCACAACCGCGUUGGUUUGUUGAGUAUGGCUAACGCUGGACCCGAUACCAAUGGAUCCCAAUUUUUCAUCACCACCUCGAAGACCCCCUGGUUGGACGGCCGCCAUGUCGUUUUUGGUGAAGUCGUUUCUGGUUACGAUAUCAUUAAAAAGAUCUCCAAGACUAGAACCGAUAACCGCGAUCGUCCUAUUGUCGAUGUCGUUAUUGCCAAGUCUGGUGUUCUUUCCAGUUCAGAAGGUGAUGAUGGAACCGAUGAGUUAUAAGCUCAUCAAGUUCAUGAAUAUUCUUCAGUAACGAGAUGAAUAUUCCCUUCUUCAUCCUACAUGAUUCCCUGUGUGAUUGUGGCAUUUCUUUAGGAAUGCGUUGCUUUGAACAGAUAUGAAUUUCUACCAUUACGGUGAAGAAUUUUACUAUCUCAUGAUAUUCGCCAAUAUAAUCAGUAUUUCAUUAAACUCAUGUUGUAUUCCUUUUAUUUCAUUCGUAGGAUAUAUACUUUAUGUAGGGUUCUUAUAUCUAUAUAUGUAUGUAGUAAUGAUGGUUUAUCUACCUGUUCUACUUUGCGUU